AAUGGAUCACGAAUUCCAGAUGAGUGUGACCAAAGCGUUGCACCCCUCGGAGCAACCGUUAAAAAUGAAACAUGCCCGUUCGGUGAUUAUUGCAACACAUCGACACAAAGGUGCAAAAAUGUUCUGGAACAUUGUUACGCGCCAGCCGUUAAUGGAGCACCGUUUUACUGCAUGGAAAUUUUGCCAUGUACUGCAUAAGGUGUUGCGGGAGGGUCAUGAGAAUUGCUUACGCCAUUCGCAGGUACACAAAACUCUGAUAUUGGAGGUGGGCAAGUUGUGGGGCCAUUUGCAAGAUGGUGUUGGCAAAUGCAUUGAAAGCUACACCCAGCUGUUGGUUAACAAAUUGGAUUUCCAUCAAAAGAAUUUGGGUAUACCCGGUGCCAUAACAAUGGAUUUCAAUGACAUACGCAAGAUCACUGGCGAUGAUUUGAAUAACUAUUUUCAAUUGUGUGUUGAAAUAUUCGAUUAUUUGGAUUGUAUUAUUGCCCUGCAGCUGGUUAUAUUCCAGGCCUUGAAUACAUAUCGUUUGUCGUCGAUGACACCCCAGGGCCAGUGUCGUUUGGCGCCACUUGUUACCAUGAUACAGGAUUCGAAUCCUUUGUAUGAUUUGUGUGUUCGUGUACUGUUUCGUUUACACGAUGGCAUACCGCAUGACAUAUUGGCGGGUCAUCGUACACGUUUUAAUGAGUUGUUUGUUAAAUUGAAACUGUUCUAUGAGAGUGUACGUCCGUUACAAUAUUUUUCGGAUAUAAUACAAGUACCCCACCUACCAGAUGCUGCACCAAAUUUCUCCUCUGUGCAUGAUGUGGGAAAUUAUAUUGCACCAGUUAUGCAUGUUUUCCAACAGCAGGAAGAGGAGGAGAUACCCACGGUGGAGGAGAGUCUAUUGGAUUUGUCCAAUGCAAGUGAAAAUAAUGCCUCCUCAUCACCCACGGAACCAGUGCCUCAACCAUCAGCAGCCGAGGAGCAACUCGAAGAAGCCCAAAUCAUGAUUACCAAUUUGCAGGAAGAGUUAAGAGUUCGACAAAUUCACAUUGACCAACUGGUUAAUAUUACUCGAGAAAUGUCUAAUCUUCAGGUACGCAAUGAGGCCUUGGAAGCCGAGGUAAAUUUAACCAAGGAAAUGCUGAGGAAUACCAAUCAAAUUAAAGAGAAAUUAGAACAAAAACUCAAAGAAAUGGAAGAGCUGGAAGUUGAGGUCAAGGUGGGCGAUGACAAAUACAAACAAGUGGAGGAGAAAUUUGAUAAAAUCAAAACGAUGUAUGCCAAAUUAAGGGAAGAGCAUAUACAAUUGUUGAGGGUACGCAAUGAUGAUUCGAAACAAUUAAUGGCAGAACGUAAGAAAGCCGAGGAGUUACAAACUGAGAUUCUGGCCCUUAAGGCCAAAGAGGAAGACUUGAUCAAAGUCGAGCAGAAGAAUGUGGCAUUAAAUGACAAAAUCAAAGAAUACGAAGAUGUGAUUACGAAAAACGAAAAGAGAUUAAAAGAAUUAGAGCAGCAACUCAGCGAGUCCAAGGCCUUAUUUGAGAAGCACGACACCGAUAAGAGUGCAAUUAUAAGUGAAUAUGAAAACCAGUUGUUGGAACAAAAAAUGGAAUUGAAGAAGUUCAAAGAAAACUAUGAUCUGGAGGUACAAACGAAGCAGCAUGAAAUGCAGGAGUUGAUGCACAUCAAAUCCCAGCAUGAAAAUAAUCUGCAGGAAUUACAACAAAAAUUGCAGAAUACCACAAAAGAUAAGGAUAAUUUGAGUCUUAAAUUGCAGGAAAUCGAAAAAGAAAUGUUGCAAAAAAUCCAAGAAGUGAAAAGUCAACAAAGUGAGACAAUACGUAACUUGGAAGAUCGCCUACAAGAAGGUACAAAAACAAAUGAAACCCUAAAUCGUAGCCUUAGUGAAAUGGGUGAGCAGAUCACUGAUAUUUCUGGUCAAUUGGAGACAGCCAAAAAGGAAGUAACUGACCUUAAAACAAGUGAAACUCAAACACGAAAUAUGUUAGAUAAUCUACUAUCCUCCCUAAGUAAAUUAUUGGCAAAUUCCAUACAAAAAGAUUUCAAUUUUGAGUAUUUGGAAAUGACUGAAAUUCCACAGGCCAGUAAAAUAAAUAUACAACAAAUUCACAAUCAAUUACAGCAAAUUCCAAAUGAAUAUAAAUCGCUGCAAGAAACAAAGGGACAACACAUGGCACCAUUUAUGUCUUUGUAUUUAGAAUUGAGUCAAAAUUUCAAAAUAUUCCAUGAACAUAUAAUGUUGAUAUUUAGUAAUACCACAGAUUUAAAUAAGGCUGAAGAGUUACGUUUAUUGUGUAAUGAAUUGCGGCAAUCUGUUACGGCCUUGUAUAAGGGCAUUGCUGAAAAUAAAGAGGUUGCUGUAAUUGAAAAUAUUUCCCUAAGGGAAAUCGGCCCCAAAUUAAAUGCCAUACAAUCUGUGGUCACAGGCUUGGAGAAUUCCUUUAGCGAAAGCCUCAAUGUGGGCGAUAUGUUGCAACAGGAACUCAAGCAAAUGGACAAUAUUAUCGAAGAGGCAACUAAGGAAAUCAUGGAUCUGUUGCUGAAUACCAAAUCCCAACAUGAGGGCAUUAAACUAGAGGUUAAUGAGAAAAUUUUGGAUUCAUGUACCAAUCUGAUGCAAUGCAUUAUGGUUUUAAUACAACGUUCCCGCGAAUUGCAAAAUGAAAUUGUUUCCACCCAAAAGGGAGCUUCCAGCGUCAAGGAGUUCUACAAACGUAACAGUCAAUGGACUGAGGGUUUAAUUUCGGCCUCCAAAAGUAUUGCCAAGGGUGCCAAAUAUCUAGUGGAUGCUGCCAAUAAAACAAUUGGUUCCGAUUCAGCAGAAUGUUUUGAACUCAUUGUGGCUGCCCAAGAUAUUGCUGCCAGUACAGCUCAAUUGGUUAUAGCCAGUAAGGUAAAGGCCCGUAACGAUAGUUCCAAUCUUGCCAAUCUAACAAAGGCUUCACGUGAUGUUUCCAUGGCCACGGGACAAGUUGUGGCCACGGUACGAGAUGGUAACAGCAAACUGGAAUAUAAAAAUGAAAUUGAUAUUUCACAAUUAACACCUUCCCAAAAGAAAACCAUGGAAAUGGAAAUGCAAAUAAAGGUUCUUCAACUGGAACAUUCACUGCAAAGUGAACAGCAAAAGUUAAUGUCAUUCCGCAAGGCAUUCUAUCAAAGUGCAGAUGAUGAUUAGAGAGAAAAA